UUGCGAAAUCUGGCAACCCUCGACACGCUCAGAGGCCUCUGCACCACAAGAACGCAACAUCACGUACAUACUCUUAACCGACAUUUGGAGAAACGAGAAAAAGAAGUAGGAACGAGAAGAAAUAUUAACCGCAGAUAUUGUCGAAGAUGAUAAUAAGAUGCUGUGUCAUUUAUUUACUUCUGCAUCUAACAGGCAAAGUGUCUCUGCAGGACUCUGCAAAUACAUUUGAUCGUGUUGUUGGAGACUCGGUCACCUUGCCAUGCAUAUAUGUGAAUCAACAGCCAAGUACUGAUGUACUUUGGCGACUCAAUGCAAGCAUAAAAGUGUUAAAUAUUAUAGAUGGAAACCCCUCAACAGAAAAGCAGGAUGGAAUAUUCAGGAAUAGAAUAGAAAGUUUUCCCUCAGAGUAUGCAAAGGGAAACUACUCGAUUAAACUGAAAGAUCUGAAUUUCAAUCAUGCAGGAAUCUACACUUGUUUUUUACAAAUGCCAAACGAGGAAAAGAUGAUUCAGCUUUUUAUAAAAGAAAAGCCUGAUAAGCCAACAGAAAAGCCUGAAAAACCAACUGAAAGACAAAACAACUCAUGUAUGGAAACAGAGUCACAGAAGAUUUUGGCUUUACUAACUACUCUACUGGGACUUACUCUGCACCUUAUCUGAGAUUUGCUUCCAAAUGCUUGUUACACUUGGUAGUAUUUAGAGAUAGUGACUAGCUGGGUUUGCUGUUGACUCUUAAUGCUGCAUGGUUUUUGGUAUUCAACGAUAUUUUUAAACUUUCAAAAAUAGACAUCCUUAAUAUCUAAUAACUUAAUUCUACUCUGUUGUUCUGUUGUCAGUAUUUUUUUUUCUGGACACAGCUCUGUUCACAUGCUGUUUAGUAGCGGCUUUUGGUAUCAGGGCAUUUUUAUGAUUAUGAGUACAGGAGCGCAGUAUCAGGUAUCGGUGCAUCCCUGUUCAUCAAUGUAUAUCAAUCAAUACAGUGUAUGUGUAUAUAUAUAUAUAUAUAUAUAUAUAUAUAUAUAUAUUAGUAUUUUUUUUUAUCUUAUUGGAAUCAAAACAUUCGAUUAAAAAGCAGAAUCGUAAUUGAUAAAAUUCAAACAAUACCCAACCCUAAAUUGUAAACCAUAAACCCUAUAACUAGGGGCCAAGAACCACUAUUGUAUCUUUUAGUUAUGAACCAGCUAUUGUAUCUAUAGGAGUUCCAACCUUAACUAGGGAUGGCUCUCUAUCACUAUUUCAUGUCCAAAACCAAUACUACAGCUUUGAGUAUCUAUCAAUACAUUUGAUGUCGUUAAUACUUUUUCAUUGGAGUCAUCUACUCAUGUAGUUUUACCAAACUUGAAACGUUGGAUCCCCACCACAACUGUGUCAUAUCAUUUUCUUUUUCCUCAGUGUUUUUGCUGUUAAUGUGCUUUGCCCUUUAACCACUACUUCCAUCUAUAUUUUAUACUGAAUUUGCUGUUACAUUGUUUUGGUUUGCUUGUUUUGUCUUUGUAACCAGUUUAAUGUUAAAUUAGCUAAUUCAGUACAACAUAGUUAUAAUACAAGCGAUUCAUUGCUGAGAAAAAUGCACUUGCUGUACCUGCACUGAAUGACGUGCACAUAAACCACAUGCACGGAAAGCAGCCUUUCAGACACAAUCAAGAAUUCAGUGCUCUUUAACAGCUUUUGGCAUUUUAGUGGUCAUAUAUAGGCCUAUACAAUACAGCUGCACUAUAUAUUUAUUUGGGGGUAGAAAAAAAAGUAAACAUAUUUCAAAGAGCUAAAUCACAGGCAGAGAUGGGCAUAAAUACAUGGAAAUGUAUUUAAAAUACAAAUACAAAAUACUGUGUGGAAAAAUGUAUUUAAAUACAAAUACACUAUUUUGUAUUUUGAAAAUACACAAAAUGCAUGUGAAAUUGAAGAUUCAGUGCAGGUAUCCCUAUUAGGCUGAAAUCUAUCUGGGCCUAUUCUGAAUGCCAAAAAGCAUUUAGAUGUGUGCAACUGCUUAGAAACUUUCGUUUUAAUUUUAUAUACCUCUUUCCUUCCCCUGCAGUGUAAGAAA